UCUCUCUCUCUCUCUCUCUCUCUCUCUCUCUCUCAGAAUGCAUCUUCUUCGAUCAACAACUAUCCAUCUGUUCCUAUACAAUUGCUUGUUCUUGCUCUUUCAAAGCUCCAUAAGAGCCCAACAAAAUCCCAUCUUGAACUUCUGUGACUCUGCAGGCAAUUACACUAAUGGUAGCCCAUACGAAACCAAUCUCAACUCCCUCCUCUCAUCUCUAACCACCAAUGCCCCAUCAUCCAACCGCUACUACAACACCUCCUCUGGCAGAGAUCCCGACCGGGUCUAUGGCCUCGCCCAAUGCCGAGGCGAUGUUUCAUCUGAUUCCUGCCGAGAAUGCUUAAAUACUUCAAUGAUUGAGAUUGUCCAACGCUGUCCAAACAAGAAGCAAGCAGUCAUAAGAUUCGACUACUGCCUCCUACGUUACUCCGACCAACGCUUCUUCUCCCAACUUCAAAAUGGUGUCAUUGUUUAUGUAUGGAAUCAAGUAAACGCAUCGGACCCAGUUCUUUUUAAUGAACAGUUGGGAGUGUUGAUGAAAAAUCUCUCCUCUACAGCUGCAAACGAGCCGUCUGCAUCGAUGUUUGCGGCAGAUUCCAUUGGUUUUUCCGACUUCUCAAACAUAUAUGGAUUGGUUCAGUGCGUUAGAGAUCUAUCCAACAGAGAUUGCUACUCGUGUUUACAAUCGAUGAUCGGCUGGAUUCCAACAUGUUGUAAUGGGAAAAUAGGAGGGCAGGUUUUGUCAGUGAGUUGUAAUAUAAGGUAUGAGACAACUCCCUUCUUUCAAUCGUCGCCACGGCCCCCUCCACCACCAGUUGCAGCUCCUCCCGUUCUUGCUCCACCUCCGUCCGAUGAGGAUUCAAAUUCCACUAAUGCAACCAAUACAGAUGGAAAUGAUAACAGAACGAGAACAGUUCUUGCCAUUGUCAUCCCAGUGGUUUUAGCAUUGGUUGUAGUCACUGUCAUCUGCACUUGCUUGCGGAGGAGGAAGGCAUUCCAGAGGAGAAUUGAUAGCGAAGAUGACGAUGAGAUACCAAGCACGAAUUCUCCGUUCUUUAAUUUCGGUACCCUCAGGGCUGCCACAAAUAACUUUUCUGAUGACAAUAAGCUUGGGGAAGGCGGGUUUGGUCCUGUUUACAAGGGAAAGCUACCUGACGGCCAAGAAAUAGCAGUGAAAAGGCUUUCAAGAAGAUCCUCUCAAGGAUUAAAAGAGCUAAAAAAUGAGGUGGGAUUGGUGGCAAAACUUCAGCACAGGAACCUUGUAAGACUGUUUGGUUGCUGCUUAGAAGGGAAAGAAAUGAUGCUUGUCUAUGAAUAUUUACCUAAUACAAGCCUUGAUACCUUUCUAUUUGAUCCAAUCAAACGUGUACAACUUGACUGGGAAACACGGUACAAAAUCAUCACAGGGAUUGCUCGAGGACUUCUCUAUCUACAUGAAGAUUCUAGACUCAGGAUUAUUCAUAGAGAUAUGAAAGCCAGCAAUAUUUUAUUAGAUUCUGAUAUGAAUGCUAAAAUUUCAGACUUCGGUCUGGCGAAACUUUUUGGAGGGGACCAAACUCAGGGAAACACCAGUCGCAUUGCUGGAACCUAUGGAUAUAUGGCACCAGAAUAUAUCAUGCAUGGGCAGUUUUCAACUAAAUCAGAUGUUUUUAGCUUCGGCGUUUUAGUUCUUGAGAUUGUAGCUGGGCGAAGAAAUGCAGGCUUUCCUGAGUCUGGACCUUCUGUGGACCUUCUAAGCUAUACAUGGCAACAUUGGACCAGAGGAACUGCAUUAGAGUUGGCGGAUCCGGCGCUUAGCAACCACUACCCCACACGUGAUGUCUUACGAUGCAUUCAUAUGGGAUUGCUCUGCGUGCAGAAUGAACCGGCUGAAAGGCUCCCCAUGUCAACAGUAGUUCUCAUGCUCAAUAGCUACUCUAUAAUCCUCCCAGUUCCUUCCCCACCAGCGUUCUUUUUAGAGAGUAGGACUCGGACAGAUGUUCUUGCAAGUGAUUCUAGCUUUCCAUCAAGUGAAUGCGAACAACCCACGAAUCACUUGCUAGCAAAUGAAUCCGAACAGUCUACAAAUAAUUCAGUACAAUAUUCCAUAAAUGAGGUGACGAUUACUGAAUUUGACCCUCGAUAGGGAUUAAUGCACUCAAUAACAUGGGUGAAUGCUUGAAACUUAUUGUAUUUGCAUUGAGCAGGAUAUAUAGCCGUUUCCCGAAUGGUCAUUCUUCUAGGUGUGGAAAGGAGGUUACUUGCCAUUUACCUGCUUAAAUCCGCACUUCACAUACCAGAACGGGUGAAGGUUAUUUUUUUGUCCUUGACUACGGUCAUUUGAAAAGGCAUUACCAGAUUCCUUACUAGGAGCCAAGGG